AUGAGUGCGGCUCCGUUAUCUGAAAUCUUCUCGCAGCCGCCUCCAAAAUCAAUGCCUUCUUAUACUAUUUAUGAUAAUGACGUUGAGUCUUCCGAAAAAAGAAAGCAGCAGCACAAAUUAAACUUUCUUAAGUAUAAAGUACAGCAACAUAACAAAAAGGCUCAAAAUGCAUGCGUCGAAUGCUAUAAUGCUUUAUCAAAGGUUGAAUUGGCAGCAUUUGAUUGCUUGAUUGCUGACUAUUUCCUCGGUGAUUGCCAAAUUAACGAACUUCGAGAUUUUAUUGCAUGUUGCGCAAUGCCACCUUUUAGCUUAGUGAAUGCAGAUCGAAAUGAUAUUGCAGUAGCAGAGCAACAUAUCCAAUACAUUUUUAGUAAACUCCAACAAACAUCACAAUCACUUCAGCGUUAUAAAGAUCACAAAAUCGAACCUCAGAAACGCCCAUCAGAAAUUCUAUCCUUCUUGCGUGAACAGAAAUCAAACUUAGACAGAAAUAGAACGGAUAUCAAGCCAACUUCACAGCAACAAAUAGAUCAGAUGUCCUCUCCAAGUAACCAAGCCGUACCUUCCAAUCCUGGCUUCUACAAGUGGCUCCGCAAAACAAUGAAAUCCGAAUUAUCAGAAUCAACAAGAAUACGGCAGUUAAUAGCAAAAGUUUCAUCGAAAUAUAACACCGUUGCCGAUCUCAGAGAAGCUACAGAAAACCUUCGCCAAUCAAAAAUUGCGCCACAAACAAUAAAUUACGAGAUGUGCGGACUUGACAACAUUUUACACUCACCAUAUAUUUCCUCUGCUCAUAGUAAUUAUGUAUUCUUACAAUCAAUGCUCAGUUCCAUUCGCAGCCAAAAAUCAUAUCUCAUUCCUCGUUGUCAGCACCUAAUUUCGCGUUGCCAAGAGAUGAUCACCAACGUACAGCAAAAAACAGAAAAGAUGCGCGCGGAAUCAAUACAACAAUCCCAAACUCUUCGUUCAAGUCUCGAUAGAAGAAUAGAAGACGUAAAUGAAAUCAAAAAGAAAAUCGAACCUUACACAAGAAGCCUUAUCGCAGCCGAAAAUGUCAGUUCGCUUGAAAAAUUUACCGAAAUUGCAGAAGAUCUCGAUAAAAUACUCAGCGAAAAGAUUACAAGCAAAGGAAAUGCCCCAGAACUUCUCAAUUUGCUUAAAGAACUUCGUACAGCCAGAAAAGAUACGCAAACUCUUGCAGAAUUUGAAAUUAAUAAAAUGAUUUCAGCGGCUACUAUUCAAAAGACAUAUUACAAUGUUAUUCGUGAUUUCUCGAAGGCUGAUGACCAAGUUUAUCAAAGUAGUCGUGAGCUUACCCAACUUACAAGUUACGAAAAAUAUCUUACAGAGCUAAGUGAUCUUCUUAAGGUCCGCGACAUAGAGAACUGGAAUCAGAACUUAGCUCUAGUCACAACGGCAUUCUCCGAGCUCCAGGAAGAAAGCACAGCCCUGGCUGAAGCUGUAACUCCAUUAAUUGAAGUAAAAAGUGACACCGAAAGUGAUGCCGAGCUUGAAGCCAUGGAAAACAAGGUAAAUGAGCUUCUUGAAGAGCGUAUAAGGCUUAGCAAAGAGUUAACAGAUAUAGCACUUGAUAAUGCCCAUGCAACAGAAGAACUUUAUAAUACUGUGACGAAAUUUACUGUUCUUGAGAGCGAUUCAGCGAAUUGCAGGUCAGAAUCUGAAGAAAAACAGAUUCUCAAGUUGCAGGAGAAGAUUCUUUGCCCAAUUUGCCAUAAAAAUAGAAGAAAUUGCCUCAUAACAACUUGUAUGCACCCGAUUUGCAAGAAUUGCAUGGCAGAAGCUGGCGGUCAAUGCCCAAUUUGUGGAGAAUCAUUUGAUGAUGAGGAUGUGAAGAUGUUUUGGUUCCAGAACUAA